AUAUUUGUAGUGAAGGUGGAAGGUGGGGUGGUGAAAUGCAAAGUUGUGUAGAUGGAGUAUAAUUAAUGAGUGACAAGGAACAAGGAAAGCUACUUGUGCUUUUCUCAUCUCCCCUUGCUUCUCUCUCUCUCUCUCUCUCAAUCAUUUAUUGGAGCUCUGAUUUUGAUCUUUCUCCAUCUUCAUUCUGCCAUUUUUAUUCUACCUACAAGAAGAAAGAGCUAUACAUAUAUAAUGGAUACCUCUACCUCUCCUAUGUUGGAUUUGGACCCCAAGAUUUUACAAGAAAAAUCAGACACUCAGCCUCCUAAGAAAAGGAAAAUGUCAGAGAAGACGGUGGUGACAGUGAAGAUAGAGGAGAAUGAAAACAAGAAACACAAGAGUGAAGGGCCACCUUCUGAUGCUUGGACUUGGCGAAAAUAUGGCCAAAAACCCAUCAAAGGAUCCCCUUAUCCCAGGGGAUAUUAUAGAUGUAGCACAUCGAAAGGCUGUUUAGCCAAGAAACAAGUGGAAAGAUGCAGAACAGAUGCUUCAUUGCUUAUUAUUACUUACACUUCUAGCCAUAAUCAUUCCAGCACUAAGGAGCUGAAACAACAAAAAGAAGAGCAAGAAGAAGAGCCUAAGGUCGAAACUACUGAAGACAACAACAAUCUUGAGAAAGAAGAUGAAGAUGGUGCUAGCGAAAUCACAAGUAAUUUUCACUACAUACAUUCUCCGGUGAAGGGUUCUGAUCAUCAAGACAUUAUCGCUAACAUUGAGCUUGAAGAAGAAAUCCAAUUCACAGAAAAUCUUGAAAAUGUUCUGUUCGACGAGGAAGAUAAACCUCUUUCGUAUCCUCAUCUUAUGACCUUCACAACACACAAAUCAGAGGAAAAUGACUUCUAUGAUGAGCUUGGAGAAUUACCCACAUCUUCUUCUUUUACAAGCUUCAUGUGGGGCAAUUUCUUUGAGGAUCGGAUUCUUAUUCCCUUGCCCUAAUAUUUUAGUGGGUUUGUUAUUGCAACUUUAGAAAAUGUACUUGAUUGUUCAUAUAAUUAUAUAUUCUUGAGUUUUUCUUAGA